AUGUCACUCAGGCCGCCAAUUAUGGAAGAAGAGGAGGAAUGCCCUCAACAAACAGGCGAUGCAGAAGAGGCAAACUUCAAGAAUCAACUGCCAGAUAAUUACCCUCAAGUCGAUGUUCGCAAGCACCUUGCACAAGUCGAGAAUAUCCGAAAGUCGGCCAUAGAGCUUGCCGCAACACUUACCAAAGACUACAUAUGGCAAAAAGAUGAAUUCAAUCUGACCCUAAAAAAUGAAAACAGACUGCUCUACCUCCAUGGUAUCACGGAUUACAGCGAUGCCGUAGAAGACGAAUGGCUCAUCGUAUAUAUACUAAGAGAAUUAUCAAAGUCCCACCCCAACCUCUGGGUCCGGGUAUUUGAUACAGAUGGCGAGUUCCUCCUGGUUGAAGCCGCCAAUGUGCUGCCCAGAUGGUUGAACCCCGAGAUUGACAACAACCGGGCCUGGAUCAACAAAGGAAGCCUUCUUCUCAUCCCUGUCAAAGAUGAAGAGGGCCUCGGAGCUCGCAAUCUUGAACUACCGGACGCAGUCCAAGUGAUUAAAACGAAACGCGAUGCACUUGUUCACUCAGGUUUUGUCGAAGCCGAAGCUUUCUACAGACUUGAAAAGUACCCAGGGCAGAUCAGCGAAUCUCUACACCAUUCUCUCAUUACUGUACCGAGGAAGUUAGCAUAUAUCCUCCAUUCUCUCCCUAAAUCGGUUGCACCAGCAGUCGAGGAAUUCUAUCUCCGGGAUCCGGUAGCCUUGAAACGUGUCAUCUCACCAACUCAACCAUUAACAUUUCCUCCAGAGGAUCUCAUCACAGUAUCUGUCAGGUUUAGCAAGGUACUUUACGCUCAGUUGCGAUCCCAACGGUUCGAUACCCCGCCGAGCUGGAGCGAAGUCCUUCGGAAAGCGCAGAAAGAGGCACCUUCAGGCGAGGCAGACAAAGUCAUGGCGAGAUUAGAUAUUGGGAUGAAACUCACAUGUGGGUUCGAAAUACUGGCUGCAAAGGCUGGAAGGAGCAAAAUCAGAGUUGUCCGUGAGCUUGCUAUCGAGCUCGAGGAUCUCGCAGAGGAUGGCAACGAGGCUCUCCCCUCAGAUGAAGACAUUAAAUCCUGGAAGGACCACGAUCGUGAUGACAGCGAAGCAUGGAUGGACAUCAACUACCAAGAUUUCGAGAAGGAAUUGGAUGGAAAAAGAGGAAACGCUUCCUCCAACUCCAAGUCAGGCUUCGGAGAUGCGAAUACACAAUCUGAUCUUCGCAAGAUUGUGUCUCGCUUCGAGGCAUUUCUGAAUGAUGACAGUGCUGGAAUGGACGGCGCAGAACUUGAUGAAAUGGAUUACGAUGAUGAUGAUGAUGAUGACGAUGACGAAGACGAAUUCGACGAAGACAGCGAGUCCGAGGACAAGGAGGUUAGCUUCGACGAGGAGGAGUUCGCUAGGAUGAUGAGAGAAAUGAUGGGCCUACCAUCCACAAUCUCAAGCACAAGCACGGCAAAGAAGACUGCGACACAGUCCAAGACCCCUGUAAUUGACGAAGAGGACGAAGAGAUCCAGAAGCUCACCACGGAGUUCGAAGCAGAGCUCAAUGAGCAUGGCGCGCUCAAGCUUGACCCUGUUGAGAAGCAACCCCGCCUGAAGGAUGCAACUCAAAAGAGGGAGAGAGUAGAAGAAGAAGAGAACAGCGAUGAAGAAGUUGAUAUUGAUUACAACCUGGCAAAGAACUUACUCGAAAGCUUCAAGAGCCAGGCUGGUAUGGCUGGGCCGACUGGUAACUUGUUAGGUAUGAUGGGCUUUCAACUACCACGAGACGAAGAAGAUGAGAAUGAAAAGGAGGAUGAAGAGACUGGCAAUAAUUCUACCAAAGGGAAGGGAAAAGCAAGAGCAUAG